GCGACCCAACGGUCGCCUCGGCAACCAGACCGGCUGAGGGUCCGUGGCGCGGUCCACGGUUGCUUAGCAACCGCGUAGCCGCGCGUAGCCAGUUCCAGUCACAGGCCACGCCUAGAGGCCGUGCGUCCGUGCGUCGUCUCUAUGGUGGCGGCGGAUUCGGAGGGACUUGAGGAUCGCGGCGCCAGGCAAGGCGCACUUGAGGGUUGGGGGUGGGUUGCAGGUGUGACCCCUGACCUUGGCGUGGGCCUUCAGGUAGCCAAGCUGUGGGAGGAAGGGUUGGAGACCACAUUCUGCCUUUUUAGCUGAGACGUUCGGUGCUACCAGGUCUUUACAUCAUCAUUCUUCCUGUGGGAUUCCCUGGUGGCCUCAACACUCAACCCUGAGGCUCUCCUGCUCCGUGGGAUCCUGUCCUCCACUUGUGACUAUUAUCCAUCCUUGUGACUUUCCUCGGGGACUCUAUCUGUCAAGGCUCUCUCUCAGUGUCUCCCGGAUGUUCCGCCGCGAGCGCUCCAUCCCACUUCGUGGCUCUGCCGCCGCCCUGUCUAACAACCUCAGUGUACUGCAGCUUCCAGCCCGUGAUCUCACGCAUUUUGGGGUGGUUCAUGGACCGAGCGCCCAGCUUCUCAGCGCUGCCCUUGAGGGUGUGCCCUUGGCCCAGCGCCAGCUCCACGUUAAAGAGGGCGCUGGAGUGAGUCCCCCACUUAUCACUCAGGUCCACUGGUGUGUCCUCCCCUUCAGAGUACUGCUGGUCCUCACCUCACACCGAGGAAUACAGAUGUACGAGUCUGACGGCUCCGUCAUGGUUUACUGGCAUGCCUUGGACUCAGGAGAUGCUUCUUCAGUACAGGCUAUGUUUGCCCGAGGAAUUGCUGCCAGCGUCCACUUCAUCUGUGUGGGAACGUGGUCUGGUCGGAUACUGGUCUUUGAUAUCCCCGCUAAGGGUCCCAAUAUUGUACUCAACGAGGAACUAGCUGGGCACCAGACACCAAUCACAGAUAUCGCCACUGAGCGUGCCCAGGGACAGGAUGGUGUUGCUGACAUGGUGACAGCAGAUGACUCAGGUGUCCUGUGUGUCUGGAGGUCAGGACCUGAGUUCACCUUACUGACCCGAAUAGCAGGAUUCGGGGUCCCGUGCCCCUCUGUGCAGCUGUGGCAGGGGAUCGUAGCAGCAGGCUAUGGAAAUGGGCAAGUGCGUCUGUAUGACGCUGGCACAGGAGCCCUCCACAUCCAGAUCAGUGCCCACGCCCGGACCAUCUCUGCCCUGGACCUAGCUCCAGAGGUGGGCAAGCUGCUGUCUGCAGCUGAGGAUACCUUUGUACACAUCUGGAAGCUGAACAGAAACCCAGAGAGUGGCUCCAUUGAGGUGGAACACUGCCACGGCGAAUGCAUUUCUGACACGCAGGUGUGCGGUGCUCGGUUCUGUGACCCAGGGGGCAGCUCCUUUGCUGUGACAGGCUAUGACCUUGCUGAGAUCCUGAGAUUUGGCAGUGUCUGAGAGUGGAGCAGCGGUCCCUUCUCCCUUGGUAUUUAUAAAGUAUUCCCUCCACCAA